AGGCCCUCACCAGAAGCAGAUGCUGGCACUAUGCUUCACGUACAGGCUCCAGAAACAUGAGCGCAAUAUACUUCUUUCUUUUAUGAAUCUCCCAGCCUCAGGUAUCCCUUUGUAGCCACACAAGUGGACUAAGACCGUGGUUCCAUGCAUGCUUAAGUGUGUACAAGUGCCUCUGUGCUUAUGUGUUUGUGUUUUUAUGUGUGUCUAAGUAUUGAAGAAUAUGAGCGUUUUGCGUUUGUGUGUGUCCCUGAUCAUACACAAGAGAGAAAAGAUCCCACAGGGAAAUAAGAACAGGUUGGGAAGCCUCUCCUGGUGUCCAGGUUCAGUCUCUGCCCUCCCACAGGUCACAGAACAGAACAGUGCCAUCGAUGAGGUCAUAGAGUAGAGCCAGCAUCUUAGCCACCAUGGGGAGCUCACUGUCCACUUUGGCUAGGGCCAGCUGGAGGGCUUCAGUACAGCCCAGCCAACUCCCACCAAACAGCUGGAGCACCAAGACCCUGUGCAUUCAUUUCAAGUCAUGAAACGUCACUUCAUGGACCACAGGGGAGAACAGUCACCUACUGAUGGGACCACCCUCAGCUUGACCAGCCCUGGGUCCACUGAGGAGAGUGUGGAAGUAUGCUGGCCAGGGACCAUACAGAAAGAAGAGUCACCCCACCCGCGGCUGGGGCCUGCCAUUCCCUGGGAGGAGGGCCUCUACUUCGCUGCCAGGGUCCUGGGGAUGCUGGGCUGGAGCAGCUCCCCAUCUUCAGAGUCCUCCAAAUACCAGUCCUACUCCCAGUACCAGUCGUGCUGCUCCUGCAUGUGCAACGAGGACAACGCUGCCCCGCAGAGUGUGUGUGCCUUCUACAUGCAUGUGUAGACCGUGGGGGGCAUGGCAGUGGCCUGGGAGACCAAGGCCGGCUUCCAGCCCAUCCGCGGGAAGCCCCGAAUCCAUGAAGCCCAGUUCAUCAAGAGGCAGAGGAGGAAAGGCUCCUUCUUCGAGAUGGCUUCCAACACCGACCUGGAUUGGGACCUGGAGGCCUGCAAGAGCAACUGCAGACCUGAGCCUGAGGACACAGAGCUGCUGGAUUGUUGCCUGCAGGAGGUGCGGGAGCCCCCGGACUCGCUGGUCACCACCGACUAUGGGCUGUGCUGCCUGGCCUGCUGCCAGGUCUUCCCCUCCCUGGACGUUCUGCUGGAGCACGUGCAACAUGGCAUCCGGGAAGGCUUCAGCUGCCAGAUCUUUUUUGAGGAGAUGCUGGAGAGAAGGUGGGCUCAGGGCCAAGCACAUGACCAGCAGCCAGAGGAGGAGCAGAGCCCUUCAGACAACAGCGAAUGUUCCUGGCCCCGAGGAGAGAUGCUCCCAGCACAGCAGCAGGAGAAGCAGUGAGCCAGAGGGGAGAUGCCCACCCCUGCCCUCACCUCCAGUGCCUCGGGCUGCUCCUUCUCUAGCCAGCAGGAUCAGACCCACUCAGUCAGGGACAGAGGACAAGGGCUGGGGGAAAGGAAUGGCAUGGAGUGCAGAGCACCAAUGGCUGGGAGACUGGAAAGAGCCUGCCUCCUGCCCUAAGCGCAGCAUCUCCACCGGGGUCCAUUUCAAAACCCAAACCCACACAAGAGGACUCUGAGUGUUUCUGAUGGUGGGCACAACAUCUGAAACCCACAAAUGCAUGGCCAGAGGAAUUUCUAUUUUUGCCAGUGGAUCAGGCAGGUCCACACUUGCUAAGUAGCUGUGGCUCAUGAGACAGCCAACUGCAAAUGACUCUUCAGCCCUUUGUUUUUCACUGUUACAGAUCUGUCAUAUGCCCUAGUUCUAUGUCUUUUAUGUUAUUGGGAUUAAACACAAAAUUGAAU